AGCGAGGGCAACACCCACCAGUUACCGUCAUCUACAAGGCAGGGCAAAACAUAUUCCCUUCCCACCAUUUAAUAACAUAAACAUUUAUCCCGAAGCUAUUAUUGGCAUCAUAACACUUGUGGUGUCGCUUCCCCCAACAAUCCUCGUCCUCGUUAGAUUUUCCAACGCCUCCCGGAGACAUCGGCGGCGUUCCUCCAGCACGGGAGAGAUCGAGGCUAGCAAUUUCGGUGGUACCCUAAUGCCUCUAGGUCCCUACUGGAACAACAUCACCCUGCGUGGGCGCAGCCCCACCACCUUUCGACUUUCGAGGCACCGACACACCACCCCCAGCCAGCGCCCGUACAUUCCGUUCAUGUACAUUUCCAAAGAUGCCUCCGUCAAGGCAUUCCCAAAGGCUGGCGUCAACAAUGGCUAUGAACUUUAAAUAGGAGCAUGCACAAGGUUCCAGCCAUGUUGAUGGGCAAGCUUUACCCCUGGCACUCCCCGGAUGCCAAACCCGGGAUAUCUAGCUCCAGCGGGACGGGGCGCCCAUGUGGAUCAAUUCCAUGAAACACUGGAUAGGUUCCCAGCCCGGUCCUUGCGCAACCAAACAACCAAAAAUCUCCCCCAAAGCGACCCCAUGGAUUGCUCAGACCACCACCCACUUGGCCAACCUGCCAGCGACACAGCC